AUGAACGAGAAAAUUCCUGAUUUAAUUGUUAAGCUUGAAAGAAAGGAAAAGGAGAGGUUAAUAAGAAAAAGAAAAAAAAACAUUAGCAAGAAGAUAUACAACAGAAGCAACUAUAGCUUUAUAUAUUUUCUUUUUUUAUAUAAUGAAAAUAACAUAGUUGAGAUCACAACGAAUAAUUUUGAUGUUCUAAGAGGCUUAAUUAUCGAAAUAAAAAAAUACACGAACAAUAACAAAUUGAAAGGAAUUAUAUUAACAAAUGUCAUCAAAAAUAACCAAUUUGGUGACAAAUAUACUUUUAAAAAGGUAUAUAUUUCUUUGUCAAAUAUUAUCACGUGCAUGCCUGUUGUUCUUACUAAUGGUAAUGCAAAUGUAUCAAUUAAAAGCAAAUCAAUUUCGAAUGUUAUUAUCCAUGGUUAUAAAAAUUUAAUGCUCAAUGAGAUAUAUGAAAAGUUUAAAAAAAUUGGGGGGUAG